UUCUGGUGGCGAGCGGGAUUCGGUCGUCAGGCAGUUGGAGGAGGCCCUCGGCCCGGGGUCACGUGACGGGAGAUGGCGACGGGGGCCUGACAUGGCGGCGACUAGUUAGCGAGCUGAGUGCCGCGCCUCUGGUUCUUCCCUUCGUCUCAGUGCAGCGAUGACAGACCCGGGCCAAGAUCUUCUGCUUGCUGCUUUGAGCGAAAGUGGGAUUAGCCCUAAUGAUCUUUUUGAUGCAGAUCCACUUGACACUGGCUUGAUGUCGCCUUUGUCAUCAAGUGGCGGCUUGCAGCAGCCGCCUGCAGCUACCACCUUUGUGUUAAAUCAGCUGAAUCAGCUGCCAAACCUUGGAACGACAUUAAUUGUGACAAAAGCACCUGUAAAUGCAGUCUCUCGUCCCACAGUUACUGUCGCCAAGGUUGUGCAGAGCAGCUCAAUAGCUCUGACCUCUACCGCUGCCCCAGCCCCGGCUACAGCUUCAACCAAGGACCAGAUCCAGCUGAAGGACUUAUUGAAAAGCAACAGCUUAUCGGAACUGAUGAAAAUGAAGCCACCGUCCAAUAUUGUUCAGCCUAUUUCAACGGCAGCCACUGACCUUAACAAUGGUGUUGUGAAGAAGGAAUCCUUGAGUAAAGAGGUAACUCGAAUAUGGGUCAAUGAAGACAUCAAAGUGCGGAGUUUUUCUCCCACGCCAAAAUUGCCUCUGAAGGAUGAAGAGGAGGCUGAAGAGGAGGACGAUGAGGAAUUGGGACAUGCAGACACAUAUGCUGAAUAUAUGCCAAUGAAAUUGAAAGUUGGAUUGCGCCAUCCCGACCCAGUGGUGGAGACCAGCUCUUUAUCCAGUGUGACACCUCCUGAAGUUUGGUAUCGAUUGACUGUACCAGAGGAGACCAUUGACAGUGGGUGGCUAUCUGCUCUGCAGCUAGAAGCGAUCACCUAUGCUGCUCAGCAACAUGAAACAUUCCUCCCCAAUGGGGAUCGUGCUGCCUUCCUGAUAGGGGAUGGGGCUGGUGUGGGUAAAGGACGAACCAUUGCUGGCAUCAUCUUUGAAAACUACCUUCUUGGUAGGAAAAGAUCACUAUGGUUUAGUGUAUCCAAUGAUUUGAAGUAUGAUGCUGAAAGGGAUCUGAGAGAUAUUGGAGCAAAAAAUAUCCAGGUCCAUGCACUGAAUAAGUUCAAAUAUGGAAAAAUCUCUUCCAAACAAAAUGGAAGUGUGAAGAAAGGCGUCAUUUUUGCAACCUACUCUUCACUAAUUGGUGAAAGUCAAUCAGGUGGAAAGUAUAAAACCAGGUUAAAGCAGCUCUUGCACUGGUGUGGGGAAGACUUCGAUGGAGUGAUAGUAUUUGAUGAAUGCCACAAAGCCAAAAAUUUGUCCCCUGUUGGUUCCUCAAAACCCACGAAAACUGGACUAGCAGUAUUGGAGCUGCAGAACAAAUUGCCAAAGGCUAGGGUAGUGUACGCCAGUGCUACAGGUGCAUCAGAACCUCGCAAUAUGGCUUAUAUGAAUCGACUUGGAAUCUGGGGAGAAGGUACACCCUUCAAAGAGUUCAGUGAUUUCAUUCAGGCUGUUGAGAGGAGAGGUGUUGGUGCAAUGGAAAUUGUUGCCAUGGAUAUGAAGCUGAGGGGCAUGUACAUAGCAAGACAACUGAGCUUUUCUGGAGUAACCUUCAAAAUUGAAGAAGUUCCCCUCAGUCAAGAUUAUAUAAAGAUGUAUAAUAGAGCAGUUAAGCUGUGGGUGGAGGCAAGGGAGAAAUUUCAAAUGUCAGCAGAGCUGAUUGAUGCGGAGCAACGAAUGAAGAAGUCCAUGUGGGGACAGUUUUGGUCAGCACAUCAGCGUUUCUUUAAAUAUCUCUGCAUAGCUUCCAAAGUUAAAAGGAUCGUCCAACUUGCCCGUGAAGAGAUCAAAAAUGGAAAGUGUGUGGUGAUUGGUCUUCAGUCCACUGGAGAAGCAAGAACCCUGGAAGCUCUGGAGGAAGGUGGUGGUGAACUGAAUGACUUUGUUUCAACUGCUAAAGGUGUUCUUCAGUCUUUGAUUGAGAAACAUUUCCCAGCACCUGACAGAAAGAAGUUGUACAGUUUGUUGGGGAUAGAAAUGAAUGCGCCUAGCAAUCAAGACUCUCCCAAUGACAGUCCAUCGAGGCAGAACAAAGGGAAAAAACGGAAAGCCAACGAGGACAAACGUGAAGCUAAAAAAGUUCGCAAGAGCAAAGGGCUUGCUGGGAGCAGCUCUUCAGGGAGUGAAUCUGAGGUGUCUGAAAGUGAAGGCAGUGAUGCAGAAAGUUUUCACUCUGUCAGUUCUGCUGACGAUGACUUCAACCCUUUCAGGGAUGAAUCUUCUGAUGAGGAGGAUGAUCCUUGGUUAGUGAGGAAGGAGAGGAAGAAGGACAAAGAGAAGAAAAAGAAGAAGAAAAGUAUUGAUCCCGAUUCUAUCCAGAGUGCCUUACUAGCAUCUGGCCUUGGAUCAAAAAAGCCCAGUUUCUCUUCAAUCAGCUGCACAACCAACAAUGCACUUCCUUCAGGUAACAGUAGCCAUAGUAUUGUAGCCAGCCAGGACGCAGUGGAAAGAGCCCAGCAAAUGAAACGAGAGUUACUGGAGAAGCUGGACAGACUAGCUGAAGAUCUACCUCCAAAUACGCUGGAUGAGCUCAUAGACGAGCUGGGUGGCCCAGAUAACGUAGCAGAGAUGACAGGCCGGAAAGGCAGGGUUGUGAGCAACGAUGAUGGCAGUAUAUCUUACGAAUCCAGAUCCGAACUUGAUGUUCCUGUAGAAAUCCUCAACAUCACGGAGAAGCAGCGGUUUAUGGAUGGAGAAAAGAAUAUUGCGAUAAUUUCAGAAGCAGCCAGUUCCGGGAUUUCAUUGCAAGCAGAUCGCAGAGUUAAGAACCAGCGACGGCGUGUGCACAUGACGUUGGAGCUGCCCUGGAGUGCAGACCGUGCAAUUCAGCAGUUUGGGCGAACACAUCGAUCAAACCAAGUGACCUCACCUGAGUAUGUUUUUCUAAUAUCGGAGUUGGCAGGUGAACAGAGAUUUGCUUCAAUUGUUGCAAAAAGACUUGAAAGUUUGGGUGCUCUUACACACGGUGACCGACGUGCCACAGAAACCAGGGAUUUGAGCAGGUUUAACUUCGAUAACAAGUAUGGCCGGAACGCCCUGGAAAUUGUAAUGAAAUCCAUUGUAAAUCUAGACAGUCCACUGGUGCCAUCACCCAAAGAAUACACUGGGGAUUUCUUCAAAGAUGUUCGACAGGGGUUAAUUGGUGUGGGUUUAAUAAACAUGGAAGACCGUUCAGGACUCCUCUCGCUUGAUAAAGAUUACAACAAUAUCGGCAAAUUCCUGAAUCGAAUCCUUGGUAUGGAGGUUCACCAACAGAAUGCUCUGUUCCAGUACUUCUCAGACACUUUAAAUGCUGUCAUUCAAAAUGCUAAAAGGAAUGGAAGAUAUGAUAUGGGAAUUCUAGAUCUGGGUUCUGGGGAUGAGAAGGUGAAGAAACUCGAAGUUAAAAAGUUCCUUACUCCGGGAUAUUCAGUAUCAGGACAUGUCGAACUGUAUACUAUAAGUGUUGAGCGAGGUAUGUCCUGGGAAGAAGCUAUGAAGAUUUGGGCAGAACAAACAGGAUCAGAUGAUGGGUUCUAUCUAUCGAUGCAGAUAAGAAAUAACAAGAAGACAGCAAUCCUUGUCAAGGAAAUUAACAGUAAGAAAAGACUAUUCAUGAUGUUCAGACCAAACACUGGCAAACAGCUCAAACUGGAGAACUACAUUGACCUAAAAAAGAAAUACAAAAAGGUAUCCUCUGGGGAAGCAGAGGCGCACUGGGUAGAACAACACAAAUCCUCCGCAGACACGUGUACUCAUGCAUAUUGGCGUGGGAACUGCAAGAAGGUGAGCCUGGGAAUGCUUUGUGAGAUCGGGCUGCGCUGCCGUACCUACCACGUCCUCUGUGGCUCGGUUCUGAGUGUGUGGACUAAAGUGGAAGGUGUCCUCGCUUCAGUGAGUGGGACCAAUGUGAAAAUGCAGAUUGUGCGAUUGAAAACUGAAGACGGGCAAAGGAUUGUAGGUUUGAUCAUUCCUCAGAACUGUGUCUCACCACUGAUGAACAUUCUGUCAACGUCAGACCAGUCGCAACAGCUGGCUCUGCAGCAGCAGCAGAUGUGGCAACAGCUUCACCCCCAGAGCUUGAGUCACCUGAGUAACACAUAGUCUCGGCCACCGGCACUGGGCCUGACCACACUCGCACUGUCACCGACAGUCCUGCACCACGUCACCGUCACUGUUUCCAGGAAUUCAGGGUCGUGCUCCAAAGAGGUUCCUCGAUUAGUGAUGUAUUGAUGAACUCUGGAAAUGCCUGUAAUUAAAUCAGAAAUGGGUUCUGAUUAAUCAAUGGGUGACCGUCAAAGGCCUACACAUAGGGACAUUUUCACUUGUUUUACUCUCUCCCCCUACCUCCCCCGCCCCGAAUCUGUGUCAGCACCUUGACACCAUUAUCCACCUUCACUUCAGCGAUGGAAGGGAGUUUGCAGAUUUCCUGCACUCCCCAGAAUUUCACCAUCAGUCCUGUAGUGUCAGUGAGGACAUCCUGCAGCUUGUUACAAGGGGGCGCUGGAGGCUGCGUGGCUUUGAAUGUUUCCAGCUUAGUGGAAUUGCAGUCCAGUAAUUUGUGUGAUCCUGGUCGGGUUUGUUGGCCCUGAAGUCUUAAAAGUGAACAAACUUUCAGGGUUCAAUUAACAUGUUAUAUCCUCGGAGCAGGAUGUAAAUACGAAGCAAAAAAAAAUCCCAGCCUAUUUAAAAAAGAAAGACGGAGUAUAAUUGAAGAUUUCUGAUGGGAGGUGGGUUCUAAUUGCUUUAUAUAAAGUUUUUUUGAAGAUGUUGAUAUGCUUCCUUUCUCCAAUCUGUAAUUUCUGGGUAACUAAAAAUUGUAUGUUCUGUAUUUCAGUGUUUAAUGGCACAAUCUUAAAUUAUCUGCUGAUUUUUUUAUAUAUAUAUUAAAAUUCUCCGAACCACUUCAGCUCCAUAUUUAAUCACUCCCCGACUAUUGGUUACUUGCUUGCUACCCAAAUCUUUAGUUUAGAAUACGUACUUCAACAUUCUACAAGAGAAACUUAAUGCAUGAAUCACAGUGCGACAUUACAGAUGACGGUCAUCCCGUGCGUGGGAGCAUGGUGGCUGUGGGAGCUUUACCCACUGCCAAUCAGGAGAAGUACUUAAACUCACAGUUGAAGUAAAGGAUGUCCAUCUUGUCCUGCACUGAUUCCCAGAACAUUGGUUGCACAUUCUAAAUACUGGUGAAUCCAACUGUUUAGUCGGGGGGGGGGGGUGUCAAAUAUAUUAAGGGAGCCUUUGGAGACAACUGCACUGUGUGCGGUGACCUUGUGCUGUUCACAGUUCGAACGCUGUUAACUAUUUAACAGAGUGUCUAUAUUACUUCAGUUAGCAAACCUGUACUGUACAAAUGUGUAUAGUCUCGGCUACAAUACCAAUUCUUUGUUUUGACUAUAAAUAGUUUCGUGAACCUUUAUCAGAAGAGUGAAGGAAGUUUUGCCAUGUCAUACAGGCUCAAGUUGCACUACUGGUGAUACUCAAUUGUUUAUAAUUGUAUAUUUAAGUUUAGAAUUGUCAACAAUAAGUUACUGCGAGACACAGGACUCUUGCAGGAAGCUGUUAAUAAAUCAUAUUGUAUUAA